UGCCACACGCCCUUUUCGUCUCCUCGACGUGUUCCGCCUCCCCAACGGCGAUCUAUGACUUUACCAUCAUGACAGCGACAAAUCCUCCAGAAAGCGUGAUAGCACGUACUGCAAUAUCUCUUGAAUAUGCAUCCCUAAGGCAUGCUGGACAUUGUCCUAUGGGAAUGUAUGUCGUCCCGUCGACGGCGAGUCUGUUCCUGUGGGACGCUGUAUUCUUUGUUCAUCAAGGGUAUUACGCUGAUGCCAUCCUCAAAUUCAAUCUUACCUUUCCUCCUAACUAUCCUGAGCGCCCACCUACUGUUCAGUUUGUAACAGACAUCUUUCACCCUUUGAUAUCGCAGGAUGGAACCUUCAGCCUGUUUCCCCGUUUCCGUCCAUGGCGUCCAAAAGAACAUCACGUAUUUGAUGUCCUUCACUGGGUUAAAGCCGCCUUCAAGAGGCAUGCCCUUGACCAAAUACAAGCGGACGAUUGCUCAAAUAAAGAGGCUUACCGGUUAUAUCACGAAUCAACGCAGUCAUUUGCUGCUCUGGCGGUCCAGUCAGCUUCGUUGGCGCAGUCCGAAUCUGCCUUGUUUGAUACAGGCCAUCCUUCAUUGGGUGGAAAGGUGUCCAAUGAAAUUACUUUCCACAAGUUAUCCCCCGAUAAACUUUGGCGGCAGCGAGGAAAACUAGGCGUAGGCGGAUGGGACGAUGAGAAACCCUCGGUUUCAGCGUGAUGUAUUCUUUCUUUUUACUACUUAUACAUUGUGGAGCUCUGUACGAGCAGAAG